CUACUCCCGCCUCCAGAGUCCAAGGGUCCAAGUGGUGGGUGGCACUACGGAGGGAGUCCGCACUGGGGACUGUUGGUGGAUGGGCGGCAUGGGAUUCGAGGAGCUGCUAGAAGAGGUGGGCGGCUUUGGGCCCUUCCAGCUGCGGAAUGUGGCACUGCUGGCCCUGCCCCGUGUGCUGCUGCCCCUGCACUUCCUCCUGCCUGUCUUUCUGGCUGCUGUGCCUGCCCACCGCUGUGCCCUGCCUGGCGCCCCUGCCAACUUCAGCCACCAGGACUCAUGGCUGGAGGCCCACCUGCCCCGGGAGCCCGAUGGCACGCUCAGCUCCUGCCUCCGCUUCACCCAUCCCCAGGCCCUCCCCAACACCACGUUGUGGGGAGGAGGGCAGAGCCCUGGGGAGCUGGAGGGUGAGCCCUCCACAGUGCCCUGCCCUCAGGGCUGGGAGUACGACCGCUCAGAGUUCUCUUCCACCAUUGCAACAGAGUGGGACCUGGUGUGUGAGCAGAGAGGUCUGAACAGAGCCACUUCCACCUUCUUCUUCGCCGGUGUGCUGGUGGGGGCCGUGGCCUUCGGAUACCUGUCCGACAGGUUUGGGAGGCGCCGUCUGCUGCUAGUGGCCUAUGUGAGUGCCCUGGCGCUGGGUCUGGCGUCUGCAGCCUCGGUCAGCUACACCAUGUUCGCCAUCACCCGCACCCUCACUGGCGCAGCCCUGGCUGGCUUCACCAUCAUCGUGAUGCCACUGGAGUUGGAGUGGCUGGACGUGGGACACCGCACUGUGGCAGGUGUCCUGAGCAGCACCUUCUGGACAGGGGGCGUGAUGCUGCUGGCACUGGUCGGGUACCUGAUACGGGACUGGCGAUGGCUUCUGCUGGCUGUCACCCUGCCUUGUGCCCCAGGCAUCGUCAGCCUCUGGUGGGUGCCUGAGUCUGCACGCUGGCUUCUGACCCAGGGCCGUGUAGAGGAGGCCCACAUGUACCUGCUCCGCUGUGCCAGGCUCAAUGGGCGGCCUGUGGGUGAGGACAGCCUGAGCCAGGAGGUUCUGAGCAAAGUGGCCGCUGGGGAGCGGGUGGUCCGAAGACCCUCGUACCUAGACCUGUUCCGGACACCACGACUCCGAUACAUCUCACUGUGCUGCAUGGUGAUGUGGUUUGGAGUGAACUUCUCCUAUUAUGGCCCGAGCCUGGAACUGUCGGGGCUGGGACUGAACGUGUACCACACGCAGCUGCUGUUUGGGGCCGCGGAGCUGCCCUCCAAGCUGCUGGUCUACGUGUCGGUGCGCCACGCCGGACGCCGCCUCACGCAGGCCGGGGCGCUGCUGGGCGCCGCGCUCGCCAUGGGCCUCAGACUGCUCGUGUCCUCCGAGAUGGGGUCCUGGAGCAUCGCCCUGGCGGUGAUGGGGAAAGGUUUCUCUGAAGGUGCCUUCACCACUGCCUACCUGUUUACGUCGGAGUUGUACCCUACUGUGCUCAGACAGACAGGGAUGGGGCUGACUGCACUGGUGGGCCGGCUGGGGGGCUCUCUGGCCCCACUGGCGGCCUUGCUGGACGGAGUAUGGCUGCCACUGCCCAAGCUCACUUAUGGGGGGAUUGCCCUGCUGGCUGCCUGCACUGCCCUCCUGCUGCCAGAGACAAGGCAGGCACAGCUGCCAGAGACCAUCCAGGACGUGGAGAGGAAGAGUGCCCUGUCCAGCCUUCGGGAGGAAGAGAUGUCCAUGAAGCAAGUCCAGGACUGAGUGGUUCAGGGGCAAGCCCUCCACAGAAGUUCUGCAGCAAGGGCUAGGAGAGCAGAAGGGCAAGCCCUGCGACCGGUGCUGGGGGCAUUGAGCCCCCUGCCCAGGGCUGGAGUUGCCACCAGUGCUCCCUCUCUCUGCUCAUCUAGCCUUGACUAUUUGGCCUCCAGCAAGAGGGCGACCUCCCAGGAUGCAGUGGGCUGCUGGAGAAUUCUGGCACCCCUCUCAUGGCUGGGGGGAUUCUGUAAAUAAAGGUGCCCCUUGGGUUGGGGCAGCAGUGAGGAACUGUGGGACAAGCCCUGGGUGGGAACCCACUGAGCCUGGCCCUGUGUUCUGAUCCCAGCUCUACCAUUGAUUUGCUGUGUAACCUUGGGCAUGUGGCUUCCCUUCUCUGGGCCUCAGUCUGUUCAUCUUUCAAAUGGAUAAUGCAGCCUCUUAGCAGACCUCACCACAGGAUCUAUCUGUUGUCAAGCUCAAAUGAGAUGCUAAAUAAGGUGCUUCUUCUAGAGAUGGUGCUAAAGAAGAGACUGUUCUAUGAUGACUUCUGGUACCAACAGGGCUGGUGGGCAUGCUGUCCAUUGUGUGUUGCAAGGGGCUGCCCAGGGCCAGGCGACCAGGAGAACAGAGCUCUUUGUUCCCAUGGCUGGCCCUGCUACCUCCCAGGCACUUUGCAGGAUAAUGCAUCCCUUACCCCCACACUCCCCACCCUCUAAUCCACUGUUCAGGCCUCAUGCCCAAAGAAGAGCUGAAGGCAUGGGAGCCAACAUUUUAUUGGAGAAGCCAGAAUAAACACAAGUUUUAUGAGUA